AUGCCUGAAGGGACACUUGCUGAAGAGGGUUUUGUGCCAUCCAAGAACUCCAACUGUGUAGCUUGUGAGCUGGUGUGCUCUGCAGCAGCUCACAAAUAUUCACCACUUCUUACCUCGCUCUGUGGGUUUUCUGCAGGUCCAGAUGGCAGCUUGGAAUUUGGAACCAUUAAUGUCCUGGAUAAUAAGCAGCAAGUCCUGAGUCUGCAGAACAAAGGCUUAUAUGACAUUGAGUACAGUUUCAAGCUGACCACUGGAAGUGCCAAGAGGGGUGACUUGGAAUCUCCCUUCACUGUCCGGCCGCAGGGGGCUGUGCUGAAAGCCUCCCAGCCACCUGUGAAAGUUGAGGUCCUCUUCCACCCCACGACUGAAGUGUUUCUCGAGAGCAAACGCAUCCUGCUCUGCCAGGUCAUUGAUCUCAAAUCGGGUCAAGGAGGCGAGACCGUUGCCACCAUCCCAGUGAGGGUGUCGGCGAGAGCUGUGUACAGCAAGUACAGCAUCGAGCCUGCCUCGCCCAUCGACUUCGGUGCCAUGGUUAAGGGCACCAAGAAGAGCCAGGUCUUAAUUGUGGAGAACAAAGGCACCCUCAACUUCAAAUUCCUCAUCCACCGAGCACCUCCACUGCAAAGGCUCAGCUCACUGCAGGCGUGUUCACGGUGUCCCCUUGCUCCGGCUCCGUCGGUCCUGGGGGCCAGCAGAAGAUCACAGUGGAUUGCAACACAGGAGCAGAGGGGAAAUGCGAGGAGCAGCUGUACAUUGAUAUCAGCAACAGAGACCCCAAGGACAAUCCCCUCAGCAUUCCCUUUACCCUGACUGCCGAGUCCUGCUUCCCAGCGCUUGUUGAAGACGUCACGUCCAUCUUUGAGCAGUACCCGAUCCACAGCAACGUCAAUCUCCACCAGACGUUACAGUCGGUGCAAGGCAACGGUGUGUUCAUCAGAGAUGAUAACAAAUUCAUCUUCACCAAAGUUCAGGUUGGGCAACGGGCCACGGCUCGCUUCAAGAUCUCCAAUGGCAGCAGUGUCCCAUGUGACGUUGUGCUCUCCAUCAAAGCCUUGCCUGGAGAGGUAAGAACAAGAGGCCAAGGUGAGCGCUGCUCUCUAAAGGCCAUGUGAGAGCCUGCCUUGUUCUCCAGAGUCAUUGCGGUCUCUGACCCAGCUGGACCAG